AUGCCAGCGUCUCAGAGCCGCGGCAUACUUGCUAAUACACAGUACAGUGGAUUGUUCUCUCAGUUUGGAUGUGUGUUUUUGUGGCCAGGAAUGCAACGCUCACAAUUCAUAGGCAAUAAGCUGGAUAGAAUAUACUAUGCUCUCCUCGCUGAUCCUCUAUGGAGCAAUAGUAGUCUAACGUCCCUUGCUUUUCCCGCAUCUUUCGAAUAA